GGAAUGACCAUCAUUCCGCGAUAUGUUUACCGCCAUUUAUGGUAAUCACCCUCGAUUGACACAGGCUCAAAAGUUAUAUCAUCUAAGGAAUAAAACAAAGGGCGAAGCAGGUAGUAUUGUAGCUAAAUAUCCACUUUCAGAUCAGAAUUAUUUACUGGCGUGGGACGCGUUAAGGGCGCGAUAUGAGAACAAGCGCAUUUUAGUAGAUAAUCAGUUGAAGAUUCUAUUUAAUAUACCAGCAGCAAAGGCUGAAAAUUGCGAAUCUAUUAACAGGAUUCAAACUACCAUUAGCGAUUGUUUAUCAAUUUUAAAGGCUCAUGGUAUACGAACCGAUCAAUGGGAUCCAAUCCUAAUAUAUUUGUGUUCCACAAAAUUACCUGAUGAAACAUUAGCUCUUUGGGAGCAAUCGUUGAGUUCUCCAACUCGUUUACCUUCCUGGGCAGAAAUGGAAGAAUUUUUAAUAAAUAGACAUCAGGUAAUGGAAAGAAUAUCUACAUUCAGAAGUCAAAACCCAGCUUAUGUUCCAUAUCAUAAUCAGGGUAGAAAUUAUAAUAUCUCUUCACAGCUGAAUAAAGCUAGAUAUGAAAACCCGAACAAAGGAGCUCAAUCGAAGAAUGAUGAUAUGCUUUGCAAAUUAUGUAAUAAAACACAUAUCAUUUGAAAUUGUCCUAAAUUU